AAGAACAUCCAAAAACGUUUACAUUCGUCAACAAACCAGCUCAAUAACCACGCCACGUGUAUUUACAAAUCUCCCUGCAUGUAAUCUUCAUCUUCUACCUCUCUUCUUCAUAUCCUCUUCCUUUAUCCUUUCUUUUUUAUGAUCUCAUCAAACCAUAUUCACAUACAAAAACCCUUUUCAUAUGUAGUUCUGAUUUGUGGGUCUCUGUGUGUAUAUAUAUAUAUCGAGAGAGAGAGAGAGAGAGAGAGAGAGUGUGUGAGUGAGAGUUGAAUUUGCCGGGUGGUGAGUUUUGGAAGUUGGCCGGUGGGGAUGGGGCUGGUGAACAGAGUGUUGGACAUGGUGGUGCCGCCGGCGAGCUUAGUGAUGUUGGCGUGCGCUUGGCCGGCUUUAUGUUUUAUCAGCACCUGCGAGUGGAUUUACAGUGCUGUUUUCAGUGAGGAUAUGGAAGAUAAGGUUGUUUUAAUCACUGGUGCUUCUUCUUCCGUUGGAGAGCAAAUAGCUUAUGAAUAUGCAAAGAAGAGGACAAAUCUGGUAUUGGUUGCUAGGAGAGAAAACCGGCUGAGAGGGAUAAGCGAGAAUGCAUUGGAGCUGGGUGCAAAGCAUGUCAUGAUCAUAGCUGCUGAUGUUGUCAAGGAAGAUGACUGCAGGAGAUUCGUUACCGAAACCAUCAACUUUUAUGGCCGCGUGGAUCAUCUAGUGAAUACUGCAAUUUUGGGACAUGCAUUCUACUUUGAGGAAGCUGCAGACACCUCUUUUUUUCCCCGUUUGUUGGACAUAAAUUUCUGGGGAAAUGUUUAUCCAACUUAUGUAGCUCUGCCUUACCUGCACCAAAGCAAUGGCCGGAUAGUCGUAAAUGCAUCAAUCGAGAGCUGGUUACCUGCACCAACAAUGAGCCUCUACGCUGCUGCAAAAGCUGCCCUAGUCAACUUCUAUGACACGCUGAGAUUUGAAUUGAAUGAUGAAGUUGGAAUAACCAUUGCAACUCAUGGCUGGAUGGGAAGUGAGAUGACUCGAACCAAGUCUAUGCUCGAGGCUGAGGGCAGUGAGAUUCAAUGGAAAGAAGGAACAGAAACGCAGUUGAUAUGCGGCGGAUACAUAGAGGAGUUUGCGAGAUUGAUCGUAUCAGGUGCUUGUCGAGGAGAUGCGUACGUGAAGUGUCCGAACUGGUACGAUGUGUUCUUCGUUUACAGGGUUUUUGCUCCAAAGGUUUUGAGCUGGACUUUUAGGGUGUUGCUUGCUAUGCACGGAACAAGAAGGUCAUCUCCUCUCAUGCCAGGAGCCGGAAAGGGUAUGCAGCCUCUGCUGGAAGGCAGCUCUCCUAGAAAACUUCUGACAUCGCCGACGUCUUCUCAGUACAGUCCUCAAUACAGUCCCCAACUCAGUCCUCAGCAUCCGUUCUUCAAAAUGGAAUGAUCAAGGGUCAUGUUUUUUCAUCUUUGGGUUUAAUUUGUAAGUACAUGAUGAAUGGAUGUUUGUUUUUGUGACAUUUAAUUUUAUAUAAUUAAGAGAAGACAUAUAUAUAUA